AUCAAAAGUUGGCGCCUUGCAUGUGUAAUGAUAAAUUUUAUGAACAACUCAAAAACUGUACGGUGUGUUUUGCUACUCCAACGAAUAGCAUCACUGUUGUACCGCUUGAUAAAUUUAAAGAAGAAUGUAGCAAAUUAGGCGUUACUUAUGGUGCACCUCC